AUGCAAAUAUUUGUAAAGACUUUGACUGGAAAAACUAUAACCUUGGAGGUUGAGCCCUCUGAUACAAUUGAAAAUGUAAAAGCAAAAAUUCAGGACAAGGAAGGCAUACCCCCAGACCAGCAGAGACUUAUCUUUGCUGGCAAGCAGCUGGAGGAUGGACGCACUCUGUCAGACUAUAACAUUCAGAAAGAAUCCACCUUGCACUUGGUGCUCCGUCUCAGAGGUGGUAUGCAGAUUUUUGUGAAGACGCUGACUGGCAAGACUAUCACAUUAGAAGUUGAGCCUUCUGAUACUAUUGAAAAUGUGAAGGCGAAAAUCCAGGACAAGGAAGGCAUUCCUCCAGACCAGCAGAGACUUAUCUUUGCCGGCAAGCAGCUGGAGGAUGGACGCACUCUGUCAGACUAUAACAUUCAGAAAGAAUCCACCUUGCACUUGGUGCUCCGUCUCAGAGGUGGUAUGCAAAUAUUUGUGAAGACACUGACAGGCAAGACUAUCACAUUAGAAGUUGAAGCUUCUGAUACCAUUGAAAACGUGAAGGCAAAAAUCCAGGACAAGGAAGGCAUUCCUCCAGACCAGCAGAGACUUAUUUUUGCUGGCAAGCAGCUGGAGGAUGGACGCACUCUGUCAGACUAUAACAUUCAGAAAGAAUCUACCUUGCACUUGGUGCUCCGUCUCAGAGGUGGUAUGCAGAUAUUUGUGAAAACACUGACAGGCAAGACUAUCACAUUAGAAGUUGAAGCUUCUGACACCAUUGAAAACGUGAAGGCGAAGAUCCAGGAUAAGGAAGGCAUUCCCCCAGAUCAGCAGAGACUUAUCUUUGCAGGCAAGCAGCUGGAGGAUGGACGCACUCUGUCAGACUAUAACAUUCAGAAAGAGUCCACCUUGCACUUGGUGCUCCGUCUCAGAGGUGGUAUGCAGAUUCUGAUAUUGAAAACGGAAGGCGAAAAUCCAGGACAAGGAAGGCAUUCCCCCAGAUCAGCAGAGACUUAUCUUUGCAGGCAAGCAGCUGGAGGAUGGACGCACUCUGUCAGACUA